AUUAGAUUAUUAAUGAGUAUUUACACUGAUUAAGAAAAUAUUACUAUAUUGUUAUGUUUGACUUUUUUAAUAGAUUGUCUCUAUUUGUUGAAAAUAAGUUCUUUAUAAAUUGUUACUGUUUAUAUUUUAAUUAUGUUUAAAAGUUGCUGUGCGCGACCGAAAAAGAUACCCAAAAGUAAAUCGAAACCCGAAAAGAUAGACACGAUGUCUGAGUUCGAAGUUGCUGAUGCAAACCAAAAGUUGCGGGAGGAAGUUAGUGAGUCGAAAGAAGAGGCUGUGCCAAAACCUUGUAACAAUAAAAUCGUACAAGAAAAAGUUACCCCAGAUGCUCCCGAAAAAGAUAUAUGUAUUCCUGAGAGUACAAAUGACGUAAGUGAAAUAAUAUCUGAUGAAGUUGACACAAAUCUAGGGGAUGAUUCCACUGAUGAUGUUAUCAAUGAUGAUAUUUUGGCCCAAGUGUACAAAAGGGAAUUAAUGAAAAAGAGAUAUUCGGUGGAUAUCAAAAAAAGCCGCAUGGAUUUCAAAAGGUUCUCGGUUGAUUACCGCCGAGAUACGGCUACGUUAGAAGAGUUGGCGCGCCUUGAGCAAAAAUUAGCUCAGACGAAUUUCGAUAUUCGGCCUGGCGGACGACGUAAGUCUACUGGGAUACUUAAAACUAGUGUUAGUACCGGAAGUGGGGACCACAAGUCUUUUCAAGAGCCAAGCUCUGAUGACGAUGAUGUAUUUGAAAAGGGUAUACCUGACUCUACCGAACGGCCGACUGAGCCUCCUGCGACGCCAGUAGGACGGGACGAACUGGCUUUGCGGAGACACCGAUUCUUCUCUGACCUUGUGUGCGCCGCGCGCGCAGCCGUCGAGCACCGCGUUCGCUUCGACCCCCUCGGGCCUGUUGUUGCUGAACCCGGCGGUGAACCCGAGGCAACAGCUGCAACCCACAGUCCCGCAGCCGACCUCGAGGCUUUGAUCGAGCGGCUGGAGCGAGUGACCUCGCGCCUGGAACGCCUGCCGCUGCUGCUGCCGCGCUCGCCCCCCGCCACCCCCGCGACCCCCGUGUCGCCCACCCCCUCCCUCGCCCAGCAGGACGAGCCUGAGCUCUUUCUUACUGACAAUAUGAGUAUCAGCGGGUUUCAGGACAUUAUACAGGGUCCGCUGCGGACGUAUUUGGAGCUGUCCAAACAGAUCGGUGGAGAUGUCGCCACUCACGCCGACCUCGUCGGAAAUGCUUUCCAGGCUCAAAUGCGCUACAUUCAGCUAGCGGGCUCCCGCAGCAAACCAUCACAGAGCGAAGAGAUGCAACUGCUUGCUCCUACCAGCGAACAGAUUUCUGCCAUCCAAGCAUACCGUGAGAAGAACCGCGCGUCGAAGCUGUUCAACCAUCUCUCGGCUAUCUCCGAGAGCAUUCCCGCCCUGGGUUGGGUGGCGAUCGUGCCCACGCCGGCGCCGUACGUGAAGGAGAUGAAUGACGCUGGGCAGUUCUACACGAAUCGCGUGCUGAAGGAGUGGAAGGACAAGGAUCAGAAGCACGUGGAGUGGUGCCGCGCCUGGGUGCAGCUGCUCUCUGAGCUGCAGGCCUAUGUCAAACAGUACCACACCACGGGGCUUGUUUGGUCUGGUAAGGGAGCGGGCGCGCCGCCGCCGCCGCCCGGAGGCAUGCCGCCGCCGCCGCCCGUGCUGCCCGCGGCGGACUUCUCCAACCUGUCCGUGGACGACCGCAGCGCGCUCUUCGCAGAGAUCAACCAGGGCGAGAACAUCACUAGCAGCCUCCGCAAGGUGACAUCGGACAUGCAGACGCACAAGAACCCGGCGCUGCGGCAGGGCCCGGCGCCGUUCAAGGCGGCGCCGACCGCGCCCAGCAAGGCGCUGCCCGCGCCCGGCGCCGGCGCCGUCGACAAGCCGCCCGUCUUCGCGCGCGACGGCAAGAAGUGGCUCAUUGAAUACCAGAAGGGCAACCCCAACCUGGUAGUGGAGAACGCGGAGAUGAACAACGUGGUGUACAUGUUCCGGUGCCGCGACUCGGCGCUCACGGUGCGCGGCAAGGUGAACGGCGUCGUGCUCGACUCGUGCACCAAGUGCGCCGUCGUGUUCGACAACCUCGUGGCCAGCGUCGAGUUCGUCAACUGCCAGUCUGUGCAGAUGCAGGUACUGGGCAAGGUGCCAACCAUCUCCGUGGACAAGACGGACGGCUGUCAGAUCUACCUCUCCAAGGACGCGCUCGAUGUCGAGAUCGUCAGCUCCAAGUCCUCCGAGAUGAACGUGCUCGUGCCCAAGGGCAACGGCGACUACACGGAGUGGCCCGUGCCGGAGCAGUUCAAGACGGUGGUGACCAAGAGCGGCGGGCUGUCCACCUCGCCCGUCGAGAGCAAGGGCUAGGCGGCCGCCUGGCGCCCGGGAACACUGCGCCGCGCCCGCAACCGGUCUCAAGGCCGCGCUCUCCGGUUGACGGCAUCUGAUUCUCUUUUUCCUUACAAUAUGACGUACGCAGCGUCAACUGGAGACCGAGGCCUAAAAGUCGUGGCAAAUUACUGUUAGGGUAGAUGAUUGUUUUCAAAUGUUUAUUAUUUUUUAUCGUCUCGUUUUUGUGAAAUCACAUUUUUUCGUAGUGUUUUUUAUAACUUUAUUUUUUUUUUAUUUAAAUUAAUAAAUCCUAUGAUUAGUAUUAUUCAAUUUAUACAAAUUUGCAUUUUAAUUUAUUCGUAUUAGUGCCACGGCUUGGACUACCCGUUUGUGGGGUUGGAUUACCAUACACGAUUAGUGCGCUGAAAGCCGGGUCUACCAAUCACCCGUUCAUUUUGUUUAUUAACAUGAUUACUUUGCACGGUCUAGUUGUAACUUCUAACACACUAGAUAGAGUUCGUAUCAAAAUUGUAACCAAAGCACAAAAUGUUCUCGGGCACUACAUUAUUUAAGUGUCCAAUCUGAUUUUGCCAAUGUGAAUUCGUUCUACCUUCAUUUCCUAGUAUUUAAAUGCAUAUCUUACGUGACGUAGCAAUCAUUGUAACUCAAGUAUUUACGGGCCUUUUGAGAUGUAUCAGAAUGAUGUUCCUUGCUAUAUUUUUUUUAAAUAAAGAAUCAGUCUUGUGUAAGGCGAGGGAGUACCGCUUGGUACGGGAUUUAUUUAAGUUAGAUAAGGCGUGUGACUGUAUCGAGUUUGGAGUUAGGAAUGCUUUUAUUGGUCUCGACUUUUGCUGUCACUACAGUGAUUCUAUAACCCCGACUUAUCUCGCAAAAUGCAGAAAUUUACUUAUCAACGUUUGAGUAAUCGAAUUCUCUCAAGCGGUUUACUGAGAUUUUCUAAUUUGAGAUGAUUAUAAUUUAUUGGUAUUAUAAUUUUUAAUUUCUUUGAAGUAUUAUAUAAAUGUAGGCAAUAAUGAAUCAGGAUAAUUCUAUUCCGUUUUAAUAUGAAUAUAUGACAUUGCUAUUAAGAAUAUAAACUAUUGAUAAUGCCAUCAUUUUGAACACAUGAAUAAUGAUAAUUUGUAAUACAAACGUUUGCAUUUUGUUAAUUUAUUUGUCGAGAGAUUAAACUAAGUUUUAAGGAAA